GAGCGAGUUGCGGUCAUGUCUGGCAGAGGCAAGGGCGGGAAGGGGCUCGGCAAGGGGGGCGCCAAGCGGCACCGCAAGGUGCUGCGCGACAACAUCCAGGGCAUCACCAAGCCGGCCAUCCGCCGCCUGGCUCGGCGCGGCGGCGUGAAGCGCAUCUCGGGGCUCAUCUACGAGGAGACGCGCGGCGUGCUGAAGGUCUUCCUGGAGAACGUGAUCCGCGACGCCGUCACCUACACGGAGCACGCCAAGAGGAAGACGGUCACGGCCAUGGACGUGGUCUACGCCCUCAAGCGCCAGGGACGCACCCUCUACGGCUUCGGCGGCUAAACUCGAUUCCUGGGAUAGCUCACGCUUUUAGAACACAAAGGCUCUUUUCAGAGCCACCCACAAAUAUCGGCAGAGGAGCUUU